AUUUGUUAAGUAUAUGACACAAGUACGCACCAAAGUUCUAUAACCUUGGAGAGAAGGUUAUUCAUUCGGUACGACUUUGCACUUGGUCGGGUAACGCAACAGAAUCAUUAGCAAUCGGGCGGCUAUUUGCAUCUUUCCGCAGACAAUCCAACAAAUUAAUUUUAGAGGUGUCUAAAAAUGUCGACGAAGGCACCUGAGCCUAGCGACACUGCAUUCCCAGUGCUCGCCACUGCCAUUGGAAUCGGAGCAAUUUUAACAACAAUACUGAUUUAUCACUUCAGCAAAAAGAAAGAUGGAAAGAAGUUAAUAACUUUGGAAGAUGCAACUAAAAAGUAUUCAUUACCUUUGAUUGAAAAAGAAGAAGUCAGUCAUGAUACACGCCGUUUCCGUUUUGGUCUUCCUUCUGAGAAACACGUCCUAGGUCUUCCUAUAGGACAACAUAUUCAUUUACUUGCCACUAUUGACGAUGAUCUUAUUAUUCGCUCUUACACUCCAGUGUCUUCUGAUGAUGAUCAUGGAUAUGUGGAUCUUGUCGUCAAGAUUUACUUCAAAAAUGUUCAUCCACGUUUCCCAGACGGUGGUAAAAUGACACAAUAUCUCGAAAAUCUUAAGAUUGGUGACACUAUUGAUGUACGCGGUCCUUCUGGUCGUUUGCAAUACCUCGGCGCAGGACAAUUCUCCAUCAAAAAGCUGCGUAAAGACCCACCAACUAUUACGACAGCCAAACGUGUUAAUAUGAUUGCUGGUGGUACUGGUAUCACACCAAUGUUGCAACUUAUUCGUCACAUUACCAAGGAUCCGUCCGAUAAAACUGAACUUCGUCUAUUGUUUGCUAAUCAGACUGAGAAAGAUAUUCUGGUGAGGCAGGAACUGGAACAAGUUGCCAAAGAUUUCCCACAGCAGUUUAAAUUGUGGUACACUUUGGAUACACCUGGAGAUGGUUGGAAAUACAGUUCUGGGUUUGUUAAUGAUGUCAUGCUGAAGGAACACUUCUUUGAACCCAGCAAAGAUACUUUGAAUGUAAUGUGUGGCCCGCCGCCAAUGAUCAACUAUGCUUGUCUGCCUAAUUUGGAGAAAUUGGGGCAUGAUAAGGAGAUGUGCUUUGCAUACUAACUUACUUACACUUGAAUAUGCACAAACUGCUAAAGACAACACAAUUUCCAACUUUUAUGUACACUAUGCCUUAUUAUCGUACUAGGAUUGUUAUAUUAUAAUGUUUGUUACGUUAAAUAUAUUUUUUAACGCUUGAAA